CCUCCUGACAGUCAGGAGCGCCCAACUUUCCAGAGGAGCACACGCUGCGUGCCUGGACCUCUCUACACCGCAGGGACUUUGUUUCCAACUGCUUUUAUUUAUUUAUUUUCACCCCCCACGAGAUGUUGAUUGUGCGCGUGUGACGACGAUAUCUCCUCGCCUCGCGGUCUCGCGCAAGAUUGUACCAGAGAAACAUUUUCUCUGUCUUUUUUUCAUUUUCUUUUUUGAUUCUCUUAUUGUGCUCUGACAAACUCCGGGGCCACGCAGUGUGCACAGGUACAGACCGCCCUCCUGAGCAGGGACUGUCCACCAGCAGCAGCAGCAGCAGCAGCAGCACCGGGAUUGUCUAUUGUUAUUAUUGAUUUCAACUUGGAGACGAAAGUGACCGAUCUGUUGGAAUUGGUUUUGUUCAAUGACUUGCAAGGUUGGAUCUGAAGUUGUAUUCGGAAAGCUGUAACAACAAGAGAUUUAAAAAAGAAAACAUAAAAGGCUCUUGGUGUGCCGCUGGAGGUUGGUCGACCAUGCAGCUGGACGGUCUGUGGACGCUCCAUGCCCUCCUGGCACUGUCCGGCCUCGCUCUCGGGAACCCAUUGAGCAAUGACCCUUUGGCCGCACCCCGCGUCUUCAUCUCCUUCAAAGAGCUGAGAUCCACCGGUACUGCUCAUCACUUCGCCUACCUCCUCAACACAUCCGACUACCGGAUCCUGCGUAUGGACGAGGACCAUGACCGUAUGUACGUUGGCAGCAAGGACCACAUCCUGUCCCUGGACCUCCAUGACAUCAACAAGGAACCGCAUAUUAUCCACUGGCCGGUGUCCGAACGAAGACGGAUGGAGUGCCUUGUGAGUGGGAAGGACGCCAAUGAUGAGUGUGCAAACUUUAUCCGUCUGGUGGAGCCAUGGAACCGGACUCAGCUGUACAUCUGUGGGACAGGAGCCUACAAUCCAGUCUGUACCUUUGUCAACCGCGGACGCAAACCUCAGACGUCCAUGUAUCUGCAGAUGGCCCAGGCCAGAGGAAGGGCUAGCCGCGCAGCUGAACCCAGCGCGGUGCACGACACACUUGGACUCAAGGAAGAAAUCUUUCAUUUGGAGCCGGGCAAAGUGGAAUCUGGGAAAGGAAAGUGCUCCUAUGACCCGAAUCUCAACAGCGUGUCAGCUUUGAUCAAUGGUGAACUGUAUGCUGGGGUCUAUGUUGACUUUAUGGGGACAGACUCUGCCAUUUUCCGUACUUUGGGGACAAAGACUGCCAUGCGAACAGAUCAGUACAACUCCAGAUGGUUAAACGACCCCACUUUCAUUCACGUUCACCUCAUCCCCGACAGCGCAGAGAGAAAUGAUGACAAGCUGUAUUUCUUCUUCCGGGAGAAGUCCACUGAGAUGGGCCACAGUCCCGUGACCCAGUCCCGUAUAGGACGCAUCUGCCUGAAUGAUGAUGGAGGCCACUGCUGUCUGGUCAACAAGUGGAGCACCUUCCUGAAGGCCAGGCUCAUCUGCUCAGUGCCAGGAGCCGACGGCAUGGAGACGCACUUCGAUGAGCUCCGAGAUGUUUACAUACAGCCAACACAGGACACAAAAAAUCCUGUGAUAUACGGCGUCUUCUCUGUCUCUGGCUCUGUCUUCAAAGGCUCAGCAGUUUGUGUCUACUCUAUGGCUGACAUCCGCAUGGUCUUCAACGGACCCUUCGCCCACAAGGAGGGUCCCAAUUACCAGUGGGUGGCCUACAGCGGGAAGAUCCCCUACCCUCGACCCGGCACGUGCCCGGGAGGUACGUUCACCCCCAACAUGAAGUCCACUAAGGACUAUCCAGAUGAAGUGAUUAACUUCAUGAGGAAUCACCCUGCCAUGUACAACGCUGUGUACCCGGUGCACAAGCGCCCCCUGGUGGUUCGGACCAAUGUGGACUAUGAGUUCACCACCAUCACUGUGGACCAAGUGGCAGCUGCAGACGGCAACUACGAAGUGCUCUUCUUAGGGACUGACAAGGGAACAGUACAGAAAGUUAUCGUUCUGCCCAGAGAUGACCUGCAGACUGAGGAGCUGGUCCUUGAGGAGGUAGAGGUUUUCAAGGUCCCUACUCCAAUUACAACGAUGAAGAUCUCAUCCAAAAGACAACAGCUGUAUGUGUCAUCUGCGACAGGGCUGACCCAGUUGGCUCUUCACCGCUGUGAUGUGUACGGCGAGGCCUGCGCUGACUGCUGUCUGGCCAGAGACCCUUACUGCGCCUGGGAUGGCAAGUCCUGCUCCCGUUACUCCGCCUCGCAGAAGAGGUCUGACCCCUUUAGACGUAGCCGGCGGCAGGAUGUCAAGUACGGGAACCCCAUCCGUCAAUGCCGAGGCUUCAACUCUAACACCAAUAAGAACACUCUGGAGAUGGUGCAGUACGGGGUGGAGGGGAGCAGUACCUUCCUGGAGUGUCAGGCCCGCUCUCCACACGCUCUUAUCAAAUGGCAUCUGCAGAGAGACAACAGCGACCGCAGGAAAGAGAUGCGUUCUGAUGGUCGUAUUUUGAAGACAGAGCAAGGUCUACUCCUGCGGUCUCUGCAGCCCUCUGACUCUGGCAUGUACCAAUGUACGGCCACGGAGAAGAACUUCAAACACACGCUGGUCAAGCUGCAGUUGGUGGUGCUGUCGAGCCGGGCCGUCAACAACGUGCUGGUGGAGGGCGGAGGAGGGCUGAUGCCGUCUUCUUUACACUCCAGCAGCACCCAGUGGACCCCCAGCGCGGGCCAGUACAAGGACCUGCUGACCAUCCUGAGCCAGCCAGAGAUGAGCCUGAUCAAUCAGUACUGCCAGGACUACUGGCAGUUCGGAGACCCGCUGCUGGGCGCCCUCAAGGCCAAAGACCUGAAGGAGCUCAAGGACCAGAAGAAGCCCCGUAACCGCCGGCAUCACGGGAAGGGGGAGGGGGAGGAGGAGGGGGAGGAGAAAGAGGAGCAGGAGGAGGCAGAGACAUGAGGAGCCCAGCUUUGUGUCUGAAACACCCUCAACCACCUUCUUCCCCCCCCCCAACCACCCUGUGCAAACUGGGAGAGACUCAUUGAGAGUAGCAAACGUGAAUAAAAAAUCCACAAACCCCCAAAAAAGCAAACUGAGAAAAAAAAAGGCUUUCAAACACAAAACCCCACAUACAUCCUCUCAAACAGUAAGAUAUAUGAUACACAGUAUUUAUUGUAGGUUGUAUAUAGUAUCAUUCUGUGGAUUUCUUUGUACUUAUAGAAAAAACAUGCUCUUUGUGUAUAGGUACCUCUGGGGCAAACAUUAUUGUUAUUGUUGAUGUUGUUAAUUUUAUUGUUGCUGUUACUGUCAUUACAGAACUCAUCUGUCAGCAUCAUAUGACCUUGGCGACUGUUUGGAAUGUGUUAUCAGGCAUGUAAGCUGUUCGGAGCGAGCUGUGAGAAGCUCUAACGGGGAAAUGAGUUGUUGAUAAGGGGUGAUGGGAUCUCUGCUGUUUCUUGCUUGCUUUGACUCGAUGCCAAGGCUCUUUUAUUUCUGGACACGCCAGGAACGCCUGUGACGCAGCGGCUACAUGCGGACAGAGACUUAAUUUUGCAACGGGACCAUCGACACAUGGUCCCAGUUAUUGUGGGGAAACAAUCCUUUCUCCAUGGGAACCCAGAUGUACAGAUGAGCAUUCAAAUAUUCCCACUGGUGUUUUUGGGCCUUUUAAUAGGAAACUGGUGCUUGCACCCAUUCUAUGUCCUUCCUCAUUGGAGGAUUGAUUGUAAAAUGAUCCAGCAUCUUUGCUGCUAUUCAGCCCAGGUACAAAUUUAGAUUCUUGAAAUAUCAAUUGUACUCUACUUUUAUUAACCUGCAGCUUCUUCUGGCCACAAACUCAAGUUUAAAAAAGAUACAUAGUUGAAAGAAGCAAAGCAUUUUUUUUAAAUCAAAUCUAUGAGUAAAUAUAGUGGUUUGGUUCUUUUUAAAUGGAAACAUCCUUUGAACUGAGAUUGAGGUGCAAUAAAGGGUCACGGUUUUGCACAAAGGGCAUUAUUCUUUUACUUUGACGGGACAUUGGCUGGGGCCAAAUGCAACAAGCACACUCGGGCAAGUUAUAGUUGACUUCUGUAAAAAAAAAACGAAAAAAAACAACAUAAAAAAACAAACAUCCAAUUGAAGAUGAAAGAGAUGCACGGAUCAGACAGCAGUCGUUAGCUCUGAGCACUCGAGACAUCUAUUGUCCUUUCUUCCUUUUACAUUCACAUGUGAAAAAAAAAAAAAAAAAGAAUUGCCCGUAUACACAACAGAGCAUUGUAACAAUGUUGUGACACUAACCAAAAUAUUGGGAAGCUGGCUUUCAUUGUGUGCAUGAACCUGUAUUUGUACUGUAAUUCUGAUAAGAUACUGUGUGGUCUUUUUCUUUCUGUUUUUCAUCUCUCUGGGUGUACAGUAUGGUCUCUGAGGGACAUUCUCAGUACAUGUAAUGGGGAAAACAAAUGCUUUAAAGAAGCCCUCAUUACAAAUAUACCCCGUAUAAAGCAUGAUGCAUCUUUUCAUUGACAUUAAUAUAGAUUUUUGAUUUUGUGUAUUAAGUGAACUUCUCUUGCAUAUGUGUUUGGAUAGCACAUAAUGAGGUAAAGUCUCAUUCAAUGGCAUAUUAAUUAUGUAAACAAACGCAGUUUUGAAUUUGAUGAAAGGGUUGUUAUUACAGGAUGUGGGAUGGUUCUAUUGAUCAGAAUUGUUAUGCUCUAUUAAAAGCAGUACAGCAUUUCUCCAGCAAGUGAAAUUAAUGCCAUAUUGAUUUAUAAGAAUAUAUGAUGUGGAAAAAAACAAACAUCUGGAACAAGGUGCAAAUUCAUUUUGAUAUAAUUCUGAUAUUUCAAGGCUUUUAAUACACCAUGUCUGGCUCGUAUUCAGGCUGUUUUGAAUGCCUCUGGGAAGAUGCAUCUAUAAUUCAUACAGAGGUAUCUCUAUCUGCUCCUCAAUUUGGGAUGUCUGUCUGCAUUCCCAGAAUCAAUCACAGUUCCUGGUUGUCUCCUCCAAAUGAGACCAGGGGCUAUAUACAGCAAAAGAAAAAAAAAUGCAAAGAAAGGUUGUACAAUUUGUUGGUAUUUUUAAAAAAAACGUGUCUGUAGUUU